AUGAAGAAGACUGCCUUAAGACUUCAAGCAAUUUGCUCGACACUUCCUAUCGAGAAAUCUAUAAAUAGCAACAUGAUGAUCGAUGAUAAUCUUUUAUUUAUUAUUUUUUCUUCGUUGAAUUUAAAAAAAGAAGAAGCAGAAAAAACGUCUCGCGUCUCCUGCAUAGAUUUAUUACAAUACCAUUUAAUACUAUUUAUGUAUGUUUAUGCUGGCCUUACAAAAUCCUAA